UAAAGGUUGAACGUAGUAGGUAGUACUAUAAGAAAAAAAACAAAAAAAAGUUCAAACUUAUAUAUUAUAGGAAAGAAACUUUUCGAAAGAACUUAAAGUUUUCUGACUGUUGUUGUAAUAUAUAUCGACACUUGACUAUCGACGUACAAUCUCGCGCUACGGUAAAGAGAGUUGGUUUAUUUCUAAAGUGGUUAAAUCUAAAGACAGAGUUUUCACAGAUAAUGACAGAGAAAAUCGAAUUUGACGACACUGGAAACGCGAAUAAUACCCCUGAAGGUAAAAUCGCUAGAGAAGUCGCAUCGCAAUACAUUGCCAAGAAAGUAGGCAAGCCAAUAAAGAACAUAGCACUGCGAAAAGAAGUCGAAAUAAUGUUGAGACUGACCGAUGAAAUAGAUAAUAUGUACGACUUAGCCAACAUGUGUAAUCGCUUGAAUGUUAGCAACGAAAACGCUCAUUACGUGUUUAUGGAAAUCGCUGAAGAAAUAUUUCAAGAGGGAAUAAACUGGGGAAGAAUUAUAGUUUUAUACGCAUUUGCUGGCAAAUUAGCGCAACAUUUUAAAAGAACAAAUAACGAACAACUUGUUGAUAAAGUAGGCAGUUGGGUUGGAACUGCUGUUUCUAAAAAAUCUAUGUGGAUACGGGACUGCGGACAUGGAUGGACUGGAUUUAUUCAGGCAUUUGGUGAAUCAAAAGGUGAGAAUGAAAACAAUUGGUUUCAAGGUAUGUUUGCGGCUACCAUUGGCUUUGGUACUCUUGCAGCAGCGAUGCUAAUCAAAAGCUAGAUGUCCAACAUUAAAGGAUCACAUUAAUGACAUCUUUCGUCAUCUCUUGGUUAUUCUUCACACUGUUGAUAAUGCCGGUGGAAUGUCAAUUUUACAACAUUCCGUAAGUUGAUAUUACUGGCAUGUGGACAAAAAAACAUGUUGAUCGAUACGUUUUGUAUGGUCAUUUUCUGUUAGCUAAAAGCUAUUGCCUGUAACCGCGUAAUUGUUUGGUCAUAAUGGUAACACUAUAGCUAAAAGCUAUUGCCUGUAACCAUUUAAUCGUUUGGUCAUAAUGGUAACACUAAAUUCUAUCCUACUUCUUGGCAAUAAGAAAAGCAAAGAAGAUAUUUAUUUCUUUACUAUAUUUUAUUUAUAUCUUGUAAAAAUGUCGAUAAGAGAAUAUUGUAAAUAUGUUUAUUUUAAUAAAUACAGAUGUUUUUUAGUUCAAAUAAAAGAUCAGAUAAUUUAAAAAUA